UAGCAGCAGCAGCAGCAGCAGCGAGCCGACCUGCUGCAGUUGUGUGAGGGCGCCGCUGGGUGAGUCCCUCUCUCCGCUGCUUCUGUCUCCACAGCUCCCUUUUCCAAAAGAAAAGAAGAGGAGAACUAGGUCCGGGGAGGAGGGCCGCCGCCAUUAUCGGAAAGCUGGCAGAAAUACCACUUUCACACACGCAAUCUGCUCACAAAUUGAUCAGGACAUGAACAUAUUUCCGUUGCAGCAGAAACAUAUUUGAGACCAAACACCACGGCGAUUGCAACAAACUCACCGUUGUCUCGCGUGCGCGACCGGCCCAGCAUUAUGUGGGCACAACAAUGGACAGAAUAAUUAUUGAAAAAGCAACGUGGUGAACCGAGCAGAGGACGGCUGGGCUGAUUUUUGUACGCCUGAAUUUCUCACGAGGAAAAGCCUCUUGCAAGAACAAAAUCGGAUCGCUCUGUCAUUUGGGAUAUUUAUUUCUUCCUUCCCCGUGUUUAAUUGCAACGUGAUGCUAAACAAGAGAAUCCAGGCAUGGGUAAUGGAUAUUUAAAUCAAAUUACCUCAUCGCACAAGUUGUAGUGUUAUCAGUGUUAUCUGUGAAUUGAGACGACCCACAGUGUAUUCUGCGGCUUUAUGCUUAUGCACAUCAGGCGGCGAGGGCUGCGGCAAGCGCUGGCCUGACAGAUGCAAGAGGAGAAAGGGAGAAAUGCGAUGGUUCUGAUUCAUAUAAGGAGUGAAUGAAAGAACCCUCUGCUCAUAUCACUGCACUGCUAUUUAUUAAAGUCGAAGCCCAGCAGAAGAAAGUGAAAUCUGAUCUCCUGUGUGGAUCAGCAACUUUAUGGACAAACAUUCAAGUGAACAACUUUAUACAGUGCCUGUUUAUGGCAGGAUGAGUUUCAGCAGACUAUGAUGGCGAAAAAGCAAGAUGCUCGGUCGCCCAUUUACAACCUCAUUGUGGUGGGUUUGUCAGGAACAGAGAAAGAGAAGGGGCAAUGUGGGGUUGGCAAGUCCUGCUUGUGUAAUAGGUUUGUGCGGCCCAGUGCUGAUGACUUCUACCUGGACCACACAUCAGUGUUGAGCACCAGUGACUUUGGGGGUCGAGUGGUUAACAAUGAUCACUUUCUGUUUUGGGGGGAGGUGUCACGGGUUCUGGAGGAGGGGCCUGAGUGCAGGAUGCAUGUUGUGGAGCAAACUGAAUUCAUUGAUGACCAGACAUUUCAGCCACACCGUAGCACUGCUAUGCAGCCCUAUAUCAAACGGGCAGCUGCAACCAAGCUGGCCUCAGCAGAGAAGCUUAUGUACUUCUGUACAGAUCAGCUGGGCCUGGAGCAAGACUUUGAGCAAAAACAAAUGCCUGAGGGAAAGCUGCAGGUCGACGGCUUUCUGCUUUGUGUUGAUGUCAGCCGGGGCAUGAACCGCAACUUUGAUGACCAGCUGAAAUUUGUCACAAACCUGUAUGGUCAGCUUAGCAAGACCAAGAAGCCCAUUGUGCUGGUCCUCACCAAAUGUGAUGAAGGAGUUGAACGCUACAUCAAAGAUGCUCAUACCUUCGCCAUCACAAAAAAGAGUCUGCCAGUAGUCGAGACAUCUGCACGCUCAAAUAUAAAUGUGGACCUUGCCUUCCUCACUUUGGUUCAGCUUAUUGAUAAGAGCAGGGGAAAACCCAAGAUCAUUCCUUACUUUGAAGCUCUAAAGCUCCAGAGUCAGCAGAUAGCUUCUGCCAAGGAUCGCUAUGAAUGGCUUAUCAACCGCAUAGUAAAGAAUCAUAAUGAAACCUGGUUAAACACCAGCCGACGCAUGAACACCUCCCCAGAGUACAAAGAAUACGUCUUCUUGGAGGGAACGGCUAAAUGCAAGAAGCUUUUUCAACAGCAUGUCUACCGUCUGAAGCAGGAGCAUAUCGAGAGGCGUCGCAAAAUAUACUUAAGCACUCUUCCUUUAGCACUUAGUUCUUUGGUGCCUGACCUGGAUGAGAUAGAUCAGCUGAGCUGGUCUGGGGUACAGAAGGUCUUAGAGUCCAAGCAGCACUUUGCCCACUGGUUUGUUGUUCUGGAGGACUCACCAUGGGAGGAUACAUCACACAUUGACAACAUGGAAGAUGAACGAAUCCCUUCUGACCUACUGGAGACUGCUGAAGCAGAGGACAUAUUUAAUGCCCACCUGGAACAUCUGCGAAAUGAGUGCAGACGGGCAGAGAUGAGGCUGGAGUUCAAACAUAAGUUAGCCUCCUCUCCAUUUGUCACACCUGGUAGACCUUGGGAGGAGGCCCGCAGCUUUAUCAUGAAUGAAGAGUUCUACCAGUGGCUUGAGGAGCCAGAGUACUUGGACCUGUACAACCGCCAUCAGAAGGAGAUCAUUGACCGUGCUAAAGAGGACUUCCAGGAGCUCUUACUGGAGUACUCUGAGCUUUUUUAUGAGCUUGAGGUGGAUGCCAAGCCAAGCAAGGAGAAGAUGGGGGCAAUUCAGGAGGUUUUGGGGGAGGAACAGAGGUUCAAGGCUCUACAAAAGCUCCCAGCUGAAAGAGAUGCUCUGGUAUUGAAGCAUAUCCACUUUGUGUAUCACCCCACCAAGGAGACCUGCCCUAGCAGUCCUCACUGCGGAGACUCUAAGAUUGAACAGCUCUUAGUUUCACGUUUCCCCACGUGUUACCCCUUUUUUGAUGUAAAGGCUCAUUUUGGGGACACCAAGGCUGACAGAAUUAACCUUGUCAUACUAGGGAAGGAUGGACUGGCCAGAGAAUUUGCCAAUGAGAUUAGGGCUCUCUGCACAAAUGAUGACUGGUAUGUGUUAGAUGGGAAGAUGUACGAACUGACGCUGCGGCCUAUCGAGGGAAAUGUACGUCUUCCAGUAAAUUCCUUCCACACCCCCACUUUCACCCCUCACGGAUGUCUGUGUCUGUAUAACUCAAAAGAGUCCCUCUCUUAUGUGAUUGAAAGCCUUGAGCGACUUAGGGAAUCAACUCUAGGUCGGAGAGAUAGCCAGCUAGCACAGCUGCCAACAUCACUUCUUUUAGUCACUAAAAGAGGCGUAGGAUCAUAUGUGGAUAUAGGUGGAGAAACUGCCUUAAACCUUAUAACACAGGGACAGCAAGUUGCAAGGAGGCUGCAGUGUAGCUUUUUAGACCCUGCCUCCCCUGGUGUGGGCUAUGGCCAUAAUGUCAAUGAGACCCAAAUCAACCAAGUGCUGAGGGGGCUACUGGAUAUUAGGAGGAGCACAUCCUUUAGUAGCAGCUCCCCACCCCUCCUCCCUGAGCCUCCAGGUCUCAGAGACUCUCCUCAUCAGCCGGCACCAGAGGCAGACCUUCGCAUUGUCAUGUGCUUAAUGUGUGGAGACUCCUAUGACAUUGAGCAGCUCCUGUCCCCCUUUCUUAUGCAUCAGCACUGCAGGCCCAUGUCUAAUUGUGGAACCUCUGUAUUGCUGGAGCAGACAGUUGGUGGACACAAGCUGGCUAUAGAGCUCUCUCUGCUGUCAUACCACGCUUCCUUCACUUUGCGGAAGAGCAGGUUAGUGCACGGCUACAUUGCUGUGUACUCGGUCUCCCGAAAAGCCUCCCUGGAGACCCUGUGUGCAUUCUUGUGUGAGGUUCAGGACAUCAUCCCAGUUCAGCUGUUGGCAGUGGGAGAUAGCCAGGCAGAGCUCACCGACAGUGACUAUGCCUGUGAGCAGCUGAUCCAGGGGGAGGAGCUAGCCCAUGAGAUUGAGGGUCGUUUCAAUAGCGUGGUCUGCGGAUCUGGGGGGGUGGUGGGAGGCCUGCACAGGAUCGAAAUGUUCCAUUCGUUCCUGAUGGAGGUGGUAGAGAAACGCAACAUUGUGGAGGCCACACACAUGUACGAUAAUGUUGCUGAAGCAUGCACCAAUGAAAACGUGUACUCCCCACGCUGCAGUUCUCCUAGUCCUGUCACCAUGUUCCUGGAUUCAGAGGAUGAUGUAGACCCAUCGCCACCAUACUACGAUGGCACACUCACAUCUCACAGUGGGGGCUUCAACCUGCCGGACUUAGAUUCCAGUGACAUCUCUGUCAUCUCUGAUAUCAGGGACUUUGAGAACAAACUCAACAACAAAGUGCCCCCCCAAGUGAGAGUCAAACCGGGUGUCACUUUUGACUUCCGGAAGGUGAGCCGUAACCCAUAUAUCGAUACACUGGGUCAUCGUCGCUCGCUGCCUUCUGCUGUUACCUGGGUUCCUGGCGGGGAUGUGGGCUACGAUCCCUCAGACUAUGCCGAACCCAUUGAUGCUGUUUCAAAGCCCCGCCCAAGCAACGAAGAGAUCAUCUACUCAGUGCCACAUGACAGCACACAAGGCAAAAUCAUCACCAUCCGCAACUCCAACAGGAUGCACUCCAAUGGGAACGGCUCAGACAGCGAAGCAGACAGCAGCUCUCUGGAACGAAGGAGGAAGUUCUCAGCGGCGGGGGUGAAGCCCCGUCUUUACCGUGACCGCUCCAAGCGGCUCGGCAAGUUCAGCAGCUUCCGCACGAGCUUCAUAGGCAGCGAUGAUGAGAUGGGAGCUCUUCCAAAGUCCAAGGAGGAUGACUUUGGGACCCUGAAAGGUGAAAGUCUUGUUAAUGAGGAGAGUGAGGACCCAAAAAAGAGGAACAUUCUGAAGAGCCUGCGACGAACAGCCAAGAAAACAAGACCAAAGCCCCGUCCAGCUAUUCCCAAGCCCCCAGAGAGCAGUUACUUUGGGGUUCCCCUUGCGAAUGUGGUAUCCCCAGACAGACCUAUCCCACUCUUCAUCGACAAGUGUGUCCGCUUCAUUGAGACCACAGGCCUGAAUACAGAGGGUUUGUAUCGUGUAAGCGGCAACAAGUCAGAGAUGGAAAGCAUGCAGAGGCAGUUUGAACAGGACCACGGAUUAGACCUGGUGGAGAAAGACUUCUCCAUAAACACUGUGGCUGGAGCCCUCAAAAGCUUCUUCUCUGAGCUGCCUGAGCCCCUGGUGCCUUGUGCUCUGCAGGUGGACCUAUUGGAUGCUUUCAAAAUCAAUGACCGAGAACAGAGGCUAUAUACCAUGAAGGAAGUCCUGAGGAGGUUCCCCAAGGAGAAUUAUGAUGUCUUCAAAUAUGUAGUGAGCCACUUACACAAGGUGAGCCAGCUGAACAGGGUGAACUUGAUGACCAGUGAGAACUUGUCCAUCUGCUUCUGGCCCACCCUCAUGAGGCCGGACUUCACCACUAUGGAUGCCCUGACUGCCACACGCACCUACCAGACAAUCAUCGAGAGCUUCAUCCACCAGUGUGCAUUCUUCUUUUACAACCAGCCCCUCCUCGACUCCCCCACUGGCCUAGCGGGCCUCCCCGCCUCACCCACCACCACUCUCAGCGGGAGCUCUGCCUACUCUUGUUACCGCUCCUCUCCUCCCCACACCACCACACACUUCAGCCCCCUGCAGCAGUCCCCGCCCACCACCCCCCAGUCUCCCCUGCAGUCUCUGCUCCCUCCCCUCCACCAGCACCCCCACUCCCACCACUCCCCUGCCGAGCAAGAGACACUGUGAGAGACAGUGAAACCACGUGUGCCCAUGAUGAUGCUGGACCUUAUCACCAACACACACUGAAAGAAAAAAAAAAAAAAAACGUGCACUUGCACACUACAUUUUUGAUCAUGGACAACCUAGGUUAUGAAAAGAGGAGAUAGGAAGUGUAUGAGAAACUUCCCUAACCUGCCAUUUGUAUCCAUACUCGUGUGCGUCAGGGCAGGCCACCAUUAUCAGUGACUCUCCCUCUGCCCUCUGAGCCCCUGAUCGCCUGGAAUUUAACAUCAGGUCAGAAGUGGAGGACAGAGGUCGCCGUCACAGCAAGCCUCUCAUCUGUCAACAGCCACCACUUAUCCUACACUACCGAGAAAUAGAAACCUCUAUGCCAAGCUGGAAGAAUUGAUUUGUGGCCACUUUGUUUUUUUAUCUGUGUAAACUGUUUUAGUUUUUUUUCUCAUGAAAGUACUGCCACUGGAUUUUUAGACUGUUCCUCUGUAGGUCCUUUUGGGCAGCAGUUUGCUUCACAUAGCAGAGGCUCCUCUGUCUGCCUUUGGGUUUCUCUCAUCGGCUCUACUUGAGCGGUCGGCAUGGGGAGGGGAGGGGAGGGAAGGAAAGGGAGGGGAAAGGGGUUUACACAUCCAGGGAUGCACUUUAAUGAUCACUGUUGUUUUUUCCCUCAUAGGGUUGUUUUUUUGUGUUGACAUACUGUUUUCUUGUGUGUUUUUAAUUUCACACCUCAAACAGCCAUACCCAUUGCCUCUACAGAGCUCUGGCAGAUCAAACUUUGUUUACAUCAAACUUGUUUUUGUAUCCACAAACUUAUCUGAAGCACUUUUUGAUAGUGUAGUGUUAAAUUUGAAGAAAUGCCACAUUGAUUAAUUGUCCAUAUUGUGUUUUUUUUAGUGGCUGAACGUGGCAUCAGUGCAGGCUUGUGAAACAAGAUCCUUUUGUAAAAACUUACGUUCUUUGAGUUGAUCCAGACGUCCCAUUGUAGGUUAAUGGGAAAUCUGAAUCUAAUCGUAUUCCUCAUUCAUCCAGCCAUGUGAAAGCUAGUUUUUCUUUUAGAGUUUGUCCUCUUUAUAGCUGUUGGUUGAUCUGAGUGGAUGUUUAGGGAAGUUUGGUUUAAUUAGACCAAUAUAAUAUCACAGAAGACUUUGCCUGCCAUCAGUCAAAUGAAGGAGAAUUUUUUUUUUGCCAUUUUUGAAUGUGUAACCUAAUCGUACCAUAACACAACUCUACAUUGCCAUCUGGUGUCUCUUGAAACCAAACGCUUGAAACCUGAUAGGUUGCUGGAUGUGUCGCUGUGGCUGUCUAUCAAACCAAGCUCUUUGUAUUCAUCUAAUAUUAAGGACCUUUAACUCAGAAGGUUCAGUACUCUCAACGCACUGUUACUGCUCGUCCCGCUUUACAAUACAAUGACCAGUAGAUGUUAAAUAUUUGUGGACGGGACACAUUCAGGAAGCACCACCGGCCGUUUACCUGCUCUAGUGAAUUAGCUCUGUGCUGGCAUAUUGCCCUCCCUUUUCAUGGAAAACAAUCAGCUGAUUUUCAGUGGUAGCACUGCUAAUGAAGAUCUGAUCAUUUUAACCAUUAAACUUGUGAGAGGAGGCACUGUCUUUCAAUGGGGACAAGUAAAAAUGGACCACCAGACAUUGAAGUUCUGGAGGAUUGUGUUCUUGGUUGCAAGAAUGACCAGACUAGUUAGAUCAUUGGCUGUGGUAGUAUUUGGGAUCAUCACCUACUGGUACUUUUGGAAUCGCAAUGCUGUCGUCAUUUAACGUUAAGUGGGACUAAACUGAGGGCUCUUCUCAAACUGCUCCGAGCUGUAAGCUGUAACAUUAAGACUGGCAACCAAACAACUGCCCCACUAUAACACGAUUCCUGGGAGUAUAUAAUCUUACCACAUCACUUGACUUCUGACACAGCCUCGACAAAUCUGCCGUUCAAUGAGCAAAAAGUGAGUGCAUACUACUCUGUAAUGGUUGUUUAUUUGUUUGUUGGGGAACACCACCCGUUAGUCAAUGGUAGAAAACAUUUCUAGUGUGUAUUUCAAUGAUUGAAAGUCCAUUUUUACAAUUUUUGUGAAUGGUUCAAGGCCACUUAAGUUUAGUGCAUGAUUUAAAAAACACACCAAGGGAGAUGGAUGGAAGCCUCUCCCUGUUUUAAAACAUGAAAAUUAGUACAAGAACAAAACAAAUACUAAAGUGAAAUAGCUGAAACGUGAAAGUUUAUGUACUGUGCACCAAGAGCAAACCAUGGAAUUUGUCUGACUGAGAAUAGUGUUUGAAGAUGAAGGCCUUAUGUGAACUGUAUAAUAGUUAAUAAAUUAAAUCUUGUAAAAUUGUCCUCAG